AUGGAGGACAAUCUAAAGUAUAUGGACCUAGAUGCCGAUCAUAUCUCCACGCACAGCUUCUCCCAGGCGAGAGGCGACCCGCACGGUCUGAGAUACUACUGUUGUGGGGGUUUACUUUCCUCUGGAGCAAACAUGUACCCGUCCGACAUACAAUUCGUUGUCUGUCUUUCUGGAUACUUCGUGAAAGACCUACAAGCUGUUCGACAAAGUCCAACGUACGAUCCACUAAUAGACAACAUCCCCCCUCAAACACCUGGGUUCAAAAGUGUCGUGCAGGCUGGCCAUGCUAUCUCCAUCUUGAUACACCUUCCGGAUGGAGCAGUAGCAGUUGGUGACUGCGCCGAUGUUAUCUUUUCCGGGGCUGCGUCGCGGGACCCCCUUUUCAUCGCCGAAGAGCAUCUUCCUAUCUUAGAAUCUAUCGUCAAACCCCGGCUCCUUGGAUGUGAUGUCACUGGAUUCCGGCAGAAUGCAGUAAAGAUAGACGGUCCGUGGCCUGAGCUAAAAUGUACUAAGUUGCAUUCGGCCGUUAGAUAUGGGAUUACGCAGGCGCUACUUGCGGCUACCGCGUUGGUACAUCGUUGCACGAUGGCCGAGAUUAUAUCUCGAGAGUGGGGGACUACACUGUCACGUCAUCCCAUUGACAUCCUGGCCUCUUGUCACCGGAAUGACUAUCUGCAGCUGGACCGGAUGAUUAUGAAAAGAGUUCCGAUGCUUCCCCAUGCCUCCUUCGUCCAUGUCCACGAUAUAGGGCCCAAUGGCAGUACCUUGAUAGACUAUAUCAGGACAGUAUCUGAGCGCGUUCAGAAUAGGGGAACCACUGGAUACCACCCCCGUCUCCAUUUUGAUGUUUACGGAACGAUCGGUGAUCUGUUCUCCGACAAUGAAGAUCUAGCAUCUUUCCUUGGCCGGCUGGAGCGAUCCGCUCAGCCGUACGGUCUACUUAUCGAGUCCCCAAUCAUUGCACCCACUAAGCACGAGCAGAUCCGACAACUAGCGAGUCUCCGACAGCUUCUACGAAAGCGAUCCCUCCGUGUUCAGAUUGUCGCAGACGAAUGGUGCAACACUCUAGAAGAUAUGCGGGAAUUUGCGGACGCGGGGGCUGUUGAUUACGUGCAGAUCAAGAUGCCUGAUCUCGGAGGAAUACACAAUAGCAUUGAUGCAGUGCUUUACUGCCAGGAGAAGGGUAUAGGCUGCUGCCUCGGAGGGUCGGCCAAUGAGACUGAUAUUUCUGCCCGGGUUACCGCGCAUGUUGCCUUGGCCACGAAGCCUGGUUUUCUUCUCUCCAAGCCUGGGAUUGGUGCUGAUGAGGGGGUCAUGAUCCUUACGAAUGAGAUGCUCCGUGCGUCUGCAUUGGCGUGGCGGACGAGAACGAAUAAAUUAUAG